AUGUCUGGCUACUCCAACGUCGGCCAAAGUUCCGUGUAUCAGGACGGCGAUCAAAGGAACCUGAAGAAAUCCGAAGAACCAAGUCGUCCCCGAUAUGAGGAGGGUGUUGAAAAUUCCCACCUUCCUAACGACUCUAAGGAUGAACGAUCCAUUGCCAACCGUCUGGCCAACGAGGAGCGCAAACUAAAUCGCGAAGAAGACAGCCCAGAAACCAAAGCAUUAAAGCAAGAUCCGACAUUACCAGCCAAGUUACACGGCAACGAACCAUCCAAAGGUGCCAAGGUAGACGCCGAUCUGCAAGCAGAGGAGGAGGAAUACCUGCGACGGAAGCAUAAGAAAUAA